AUGUUUGGCAUCGCCCAAGCUUAUGCGCCUGUAGAUCAAAGUUCUGAUUCCCAGCCUAACUCAAGCUCAUACGACAUUAUUCAGGGAGCUUCAUCCACGCCUUCGAUAUCUCCUAUUCUAAGCUAUAGUCACAGCCGCAGCCCGCAUGUCAUCGACAACCAAUCGUUCUUUCCCCCGGUUGCCGCUCCAUCAGAGCCACAUGUUCCUACCUUUCCGCACUUCAUCAAACCACUCUCACAACUGAUAGGAUUAGACGAGAUCUUCUACCUGAACAGAAAAAAUGCUCUCACUACACCCGAUCUACGCCUCCGCAACGAGCUCCUUCGGAGUUAUACCGAGUAUGUGCAUCCGUUUAUGCCGUUGCUCGAGAUCCAUGACAUUUUGGAGGCUAUUGAAGGUAACGGUAACCUCGUGAGCCUUCUGGUUUUCCAGCGUGUGAUGUUCGCUGGUGCUGCCUUUGUCGAUCUGCGCCGUUUGAAGAACGCGGGUUACGCGACACGAAGGGAGGCUCGUGAGCAAUUCUUCCGAAAAGCAAGGCUCCUGUAA